AUGGCGGCCCCAAGAAGUGUACAGCGCUUGCAGCAGACACUAUCGCAUGUACAGCCUCCUAUUAGUCCACAGCUGUCUCUUGUCGCAGGCCCGACGGAGCCACAGCUGCUGGACAUUACCUUGGGUGAACUGUUGACACUUCAAGCACUACAGUAUGGAAGAAUUGAGUGUUUGGUCUUCCCCUGGACCGGUGCGCGAUGGACAUACGGCCAGCUGAAAGAUGAGACCGAUCGUUUAGCUCGGGGAAUGUUGGCUUCGGGUAUUCAAAAAGGCGAUCGCAUUGGAAUUAUGGCGGGCAAUUGUGAGCAAUACAUCUCGGUGUUCUUUGCGGCCGCACGAGUUGGGGCUAUAUUGGUCGUCUUGAACAAUACGUACACCCCCUCCGAGCUGUAUUACGCUCUAAAUCACAGUGAAUGCCGAAUGCUUUUCAUGACACCACGCAUUGGACGUCAUAAUCUCGAGGAGGUCCUCAUCGAACUCGGCCCUAAUCCUAAAAAGGCCGCGACUUCAGAAUCACUGGAGGAAAUCGUCAUUCUCCGCGAGAGAUACAACAACUUCACCACCUAUCAUGAUGUCAUGGAACGCGGUCUGUCGCAGGCUGCACAUGUGCUUCAGGACCGCGAGGCCGAGUUACGACCGGAUGAUGUCUGCAAUCUACAAUUCACUAGCGGUUCAACAGGCAGCCCUAAAGCUGCCAUGUUGACACACCACAACUUGGUUAAUAACUCGCGGUUUAUCGGUGAUCGCAUGAACCUCACCUCUUUUGAUGUUUUGUGCUGCCCGCCGCCCUUGUUCCACUGCUUUGGGCUGGUUCUGGGCAUGCUCGCGGUGGUCACCCAUGGCUCCAAGAUUGUUUUCCCUAGCGAAACCUUCGACCCAAAGGCGGUUCUGCAUGCCAUCUCCGACGAGAAAUGCACUGCUCUACACGGUGUUCCAACUAUGUUUGAGGCGAUCCUUGCCGUUCCCAAGCCCCCCAACUUUGACACCUCGAACCUCCGCACAGGCAUCAUUGCUGGGGCUCCAGUCCCGCGGCCACUCAUGAAGCGGCUUUUCGCAGAAUUGAAUAUGACUGAAUACACCAGUAGCUACGGUCUCACGGAGGCCUCGCCCACUUGCUUCAAUGCUUUCACCACCGAUAGCAUCAACACUAGAUUGACCACCGUCGGAAAGGUCAUGCCCCAUGCUCGGGCGAAGAUUAUCGAUGCACAGGGAAACAUCGUUCCCGUUGGUCAGCGUGGUGAACUUUGCAUGGCCGGUUAUCAGCUCACCAAGGGAUACUGGCAUAACCCGGAGAAGACGGCAGAGACAUUCACCACCGAUGCCGAGGGUGUCAAAUGGCUCAAGACAGGCGACGAAGCUUCUUUUAAUGCAGAAGGGUACUGCACCAUCACUGGUCGUUUCAAAGACAUCAUCAUUCGUGGUGGUGAGAACAUAUAUCCUCUCGAGAUCGAAGAACGAUUGACCGCACAUCCCUCAAUUGAGUUAGCAUCCGUGAUUGGUAUUCCCGACCCCAAAUACGGCGAGGUCGUUGGAGCAUUCAUCGCGAUCGCGUCGGGCGCCGGUCGUCCGACUGACGAUGAAUUGCGCACAUGGACACGUGAGACUUUGGGUCGACACAAAGCUCCGCAGCAUGUGUUUGUAUUUGGAGAAGAGGGGGCUUCAGGCACGGUUCCUGUAACGGGAAGCGGCAAAGUUCGCAAAGUGGAGCUACGGCAAAUGGCAAUGACGGUGCUGACUGAGCGCCAGAACGCAUGA